AUUAGCUCCGAUGGAGUACAGUAUGCCUACGAGUGGAUCCCAGUUCGCCACAAAGCGAUCGCCACUACAACCUAUGCCUAAGCCCACCAGCAAUAAGGAGGGGCCGCCAAAAGGCUUACUUCACGUCAAUUUUAGUUCAGAGAAGAGUGAAAUCUCCGACAGGAAGAAGAAGUAUUUGACGGCAAAGUAUGGUCAGCACCAGAUGAACCUCAUCAAGAAGAGACUCAGGGUCGAGACCUGGAUGUACGACCAGUUGCAGGCCCUCUACAACAUAUCGGACGACUCCAAUGACAUUGAAAUAGAUUUGGACGAACUCUUGGAUGUGGAGGAAGACUUGGGGCGCAAAGAAUGGCUUAGAGACGACUCCAAUGACAUUGAAAUAGAUUUGGACGAACUCUUGGAUGUGGAGGAAGACUUGGGGCGCAAAGAAUGGCUUAGAAGCAAAUUAAUAGACGCCAAGCAAUCAAAAGAUAUCGUCGAGAUGUUUAUCGUAGAGCUUCUCGAAAAAGCAAAAACUCUUUGAACAAAAGCCACACUUCGGACAAAAUGAUAGCAAAUGUUAUAAUUAGUGAAAAAAAACUUUUUUUUACAUUCAUUUACUGAACAAAUAAUUUAAAGCAAUGCCUCAAAAAUUGAGAAUAAUUUAGUUAACUAUUCGGAUGCAAACAUUUCAAAGUUUGACUUAAAAAAUGAUUUCAAUUUUGAGAAUCCAAAUGCAUGUGAAGUUGCAAUGCAUAUACGAUCUCGUGGUAUAAUUGAAUAUACUGUACAUCACAUACAAAACAACUAGUCAUCCAUAUAUCUGUACAUCAAAUGAUUUCAAACGCAAUGAUUAUUUCAAUUAUUAUAAAUCACUACUAAAAUGAAUGAAUGGUUUAGUUUUGCAAACAGUGUUCAGAAGUAAUUGCUUUUUUGUGCCAACUCUUCCGAAUACAUGAAACAUCUUAUAAACCAAAGAAAGUAUACUUUUUUGUUCAUUAGAAUCAUUUGUUUGCCCUUUUUAUUCAUCGAUUAACAAAAAAUUAGUUUUAAGUAACUUAUAGAUCGUCGU